UACCUCCAUUUGUCUAAUCGUUACAAAUAAUAUGUAACGGAAUUAGUAUGUCAUAUUAAGUUAUUAACAAGUUCCGUUUAUAUGGGGUUAGAAAGGUCAUUUCAGUUAUUAACAGCUCCGGUAAGAAUAAUUGGUACGCCGUGCCUCUUUCAACGAGUUUUCUACUACAGCUAGUCAGCUACACCUUCUUUUCUUCAGAAAACCGUUCCAACCUCAAAGCAAAAAUGCCGACCGAAAAAACGCCAAUGGAGGAGAAAGCAAAGCGUCAGUUCUUCCCAUCCAUGGAUUCUCGAAUGCAGCGCUACAAAUUUGUUUGGAGAGUUUUAAUGGUUGUCAACUUAGGUUUUGGAGCUUAUAUCUUUGGAAUGUCAAAAAAGAAAGAUGGAAGUUCGAAAAGUGAAAAGCAUGAAGAAGCUCCGCCUCCUGCUACAAGUGCACCAACAGUCACUUCUGUGGAGAAGCCAGAAUAUGCAACAGCAACCCCAACUGCAGAGCUUGCACUUCCUGCACAGACAAGUGAACCGGCAGUUAAUUUUUAUGGGCAGCCAAUUGUACCAGCAACACCAGCUGCAGUGGAUGUACUUUCUACUGAUGAAAGUGUGGAGCCAGAAUAUCCACCUGUUACCCCGAUUGCAGAGCUUGUGAAGGUGCAUGAGCCAAUUACUGAGGAUCAGCAACGAGAGAUCUUCAAGUGGAUACUGGAUGAGAAAAGAAAGGUCAAACCCAGGAAUAGAGAUGAAAAGAAGCAAAUAGAUGAAGAAAAGGCCAUGCUCAAGCAGUUUAUACGAGGAAAAUCAAACCCUUCCCUUUAGCCUCCUCCUUGAGAGACCGUCACAUUUAUUCUUUGAACCUGAUUUUUUGGAUCCUGCAACAUGUCUAACUUCAGGAGAUAGUAUCUCAGAGAUGUGAGCCAGUUUUUUUGGGUGCUCCAUUUAGUGUUUUGAGGGCUCUCUUAGGGGUAAAUAUACAUGAAAUCAUGCCUACACUUUUGAGAAGGAAUUGACUGCGCUUUAGAUCUAGCGUAUUUUUACACUGAAAAUCUGGUCAUUUGUAAGAUGGAAAAAUACUCAACUGAUGAAGCUCAUGGAAAGAACAUUCAAUAUCAUGAAAGCUGUGUACAGCUCGGCUAUAGGGCUUGUGCUGAGUUUGAUGAUUAUGAAGUUUUCUUCAUAUGUUGUUCCCUCCAUGUUUGGUGACUGACAUUCAUCAGAUUCCCUUAUUAUUUUUUGAAAUCCUGAAGUUUAACUUAAGGAAAGAGAGUUAAAUUA